CGGGCGCCCUCCCCGCCCGCCACUGCCCCCUGGAGGACGAGGGCAGGCGCGCCCUGGGCCUGGGGUUCAAGGGCUCCCACUGCUGGGCAGCACCCCGCGGUCCCCGCCCUGAGCCGGCUGCCGCCCGCGCGCCCGCCCCGCUCCCUCCCUUCUUUCUGUCCCGCCACAUCUUCCUCUGCCUUCCACCCGGGGACCAUGUCGAGGCUCAGCUGGGGGUACGGCGAGCACAACGGUCCUGUUCAUUGGAAUGAAUUUUUCCCCAUUGCUGAUGGGGAUCAGCAAUCUCCGAUUGAAAUUAAAACCAAAGAAGUGAAGUAUGACUCUUCUCUCCGACCUCUUAUUAUCAAGUAUGACCCAAGCUCAGCUAAAAUCAUUAGCAAUAGUGGCCAUUCAUUCAACGUUGACUUUGAUGACACAGAGGACAAAUCAGUUCUGCGUGGGGGUCCUCUAACUGGAAGCUACAGGUUACGACAGUUUCAUCUUCACUGGGGGUCCGCGGAUGAUCACGGCUCUGAGCACAUGGUUGAUGGAGUGAGAUACGCCGCAGAGCUCCAUGUUGUUCACUGGAAUUCAGACAAAUACCCCAGCUUUGUGGAGGCAGCUCAUGAACCAGAUGGACUAGCUGUCUUGGGAGUAUUUUUACAGAUUGGUGAACAUAAUUCCCAACUGCAAAAGAUUACUGACAUUUUGGAUUCCAUUAAAGAAAAGGGUAAACAAACUCGAUUCACAAAUUUUGACCCAUUAUCUCUGCUUCCACCAUCCUGGGACUACUGGACAUAUCCUGGUUCUCUUACAGUUCCACCUCUUCUUGAAAGUGUCACAUGGAUUGUUUUAAAACAACCUAUAAACAUCAGUUCUCAACAGCUGGCCAAAUUCCGCAGUCUCCUGUGCACAGCGGAGGGGGAAGCAGCAGCUUUUCUGCUGAGCAAUCACCGUCCACCUCAACCUCUUAAGGGCCGCAAAGUGAGAGCCUCUUUCCAUUAGAAGUUGUUGCCAGUGAACUUCCCCAAACGUAGAGAGACAACAAAAUUAAAAAAAACAAAGCACAAAAGUCCCUGCUAACAAUUUCCUCCUAGAAUUACUAAUUUUCAAGUACCAUUUUGCUAU